AUGCUCAUCGUCACAGGACCUAAUCACUCUGGGAAGAGUGUAUACAUCAAGCAAGUCGCCUUGAUUGUUUACCUGGCCCAUAUAGGCAGCUUUGUGCCCGCCGCUUGCGCUACCAUCGGCAUCACUGAUCGGAUUCUAACUCGCAUCUCGACAAGAGAAAGCGUGUCGCUAGCAGAGAGCUCUUAUGGCACUGACCUGAAGCAAGUUGCAUUCCUGUUGAAGUACGCCACCCGCCGUACUCUGAUUGCAAUAGACGAGUUUGGCAAGGGAACAGCAGCCGACGAUGAGUGCGGACUCAUGACUGCUCUCAUUGAUCAUUUCGCCAUUCUCGGCUCACAGACUCCCAAAAUUCUCAUGACAACGCACUGUCAUGAGAUUUUUGAAGGGGGUCAACUGGAGAGUCGACCAGAGAUAUUUCUUACACACAUGAACGUCCGCCUUGACCUCGAGACAGAGCACAUGGAAGACCAGGUAGUCUUUCUUUACCAACUGGUUCCUGGAAGAAGCAUGUCGAGUUUCGGCAGUAGAUGUGCAGCUCUAAAUGGGGUUGAUGCCGCAGUGGUAGAACGAGCUGAGGCAAUCAUGCUCCUCCUGUCUCGGAACGAGGACCUCGGGGCGGCAUGUGCUAAGCUGGAUUUUCAAGACGAGGCCCGGCUUGAAGAAGCUGAAAAAGUCGCCCGUGGGUUUCUCCAGCUCUCUCUGGGGCAUCCCAGUGUAACUCAACCGCAGCAUGGGACGAACGAUGAUAAGGACACCAUUCGGACGACUCUAAAGGAGCUCUUAACCUCGAAUGUCAGCAGCUGA